AUGGACGCAUUUCUCGCAGAACUAACAUCACAUUCCCAUGCUUCACAACCCGAUCGUGUUUCAGCUAUCCAAUUAAAAAAUGAUAUUAAAGUUCGUGCUGUGAUAACAGAUGAACCAACCAGCUCAAUUCUUCAUUCGGUCUUACGUACAUAUCCACUAAGUGCCGCUGGUGAACGUUCAAGCAAUGAAGCACUUAUGUUGAUGAUUCGAAGACAACGUACUAUUGAAACAGUCGACGUCGAUGGUCGGUUACCAGAAAAAUUAAGAAAGACCUAUCGUGAUCAAGAUUUCAUCUUGCACGAAGACAAGAAUUUAAUUAUAUUUACAACAAAAACUAAUUUAUCUAUUCCCAAGCAAAACAAACAUUGGUUCGCUGACGGAAAAUUCAAAUUAAACUAUCAAUUAAAUGUGUCUCUUUUUCUUUCUCAUUUUCUUUCAUGA